CGUCGAUAAAAUUUGCCCUGGAUUUAAUCGAGAACAGGUUGGAAUAUUCUGGGUGCCCGGAAAAUGGGUUGGUGACUUGAGAGAGAUGCUAAAACGAAAACGUCGUAAACAGAAACGAAAUCGAAUCAAGAAGGGAGACCUCAACUUGAGGAAACAAUAGAGAGGAGGAGAGAUAUCUGAAGAAUAUACAUACUAUAAUGUACUACGAUAGAGUAACACUGUAACAUAUAUACAGAAGAGAGAGAGAGAGAGUUUUUUGGAGGGAGUGGGAAGAAAAUGGUGCUAUGGGAGAUCACACUGGGAACGGCUUAUUUUUUGGGCUUGAAACGGACUUACAGGCUUGCCCUCAAGAUUCAACGUCGCCUUAUUUUCCCUAAGUACCCUAAGAUCCGUCAAUUUCUUCAGAGAAGAACACGUGCUGCGUUUGAUGUGGCACUAAAGGUCCACCAGAACAUACAACAAAGAGAUAUUGAAGUGGGUCGGAAUCUUGGAAACUGGAUCCUCCGUUGUCUUGAUAAGAUGAAGCCAUCAGCUCAGAUCCGUGGUACCACUUGUGCAAAACCCCCGUCAAGUGGUAACUCUAGCACAAACAUGACAAAACAGAUAUCCAAUUCAUCUCCCAACCAGAAGACUUCUAGUGGCUUCAAAAACUCUGAUAGGCAUCUGUUUACCUCAUCAAGAAAUACAUGGUCGAGACCUUUUCCCACCAUUGGAAUGAUGAUGAGGCCAGCUAAGCCUGUUGGAACCAACACCACACACAGGUAUUUGAGUUUCUAUGGCACUGAAGCUUCAAGAUUUCGCCAAGGAAGAGGGCGAUUCGAGGGAGUGAUCCGGAAAGACAUAAUGGAGUGGAUGUUGCAGCACUAAGGCAGAUGGAUAGAUUUGCCAUUUGCCUUCGCUGUGGGAUUUGUCCAGUGCUGGGCUCAAUAUCCAGACUAUGCCAUGUUAAGGCUGUAUUUCAAAGAGAUGGUAUUUCAAAGAAGAUGCGAACGGUCUCUAGAAAACUGCUGGCUUAACCUUGUUUUCUUUGUGGUUAAUUAUGUGCUCAAGUGAGACAUAACCUUAUAUUUUCUGGGUCAUGUAGUUUCUGGAUAGGAGAUGGUUUUACUGUUUGUUUAGUCGGUUGUAUUUUCUAGACAUGGGAUGGUUUUACAUGUAGCAAGAAUAAGCGUAGCAAUUGAAGAUGUAUCACAGAUUCACAAA